AUGGGUCAACCCGAAGGGUAUAUGGCGAAAUUUGUAUGUGGUACCAUUAAUUGGGUCGUACUAGAUCAAGAGAAUGACUCUUCACGGGUCAUUCUUUCUCUUAAUUUAGGAAACGAGUCUUAUCAAGAGAUUUUACAGCCUGAUUAUGAUUUAGAUGAACCUCUGCGUAACUUUAGCUUGGGGGUUUCUAGGGAUUACUUAUGCAUCCUUGCUCAUACCAAAUCUUUUUUGGAUAUUUGGGUUAUGAAAGAUUAUGGAAAUAAAGAUUCUUGGUCUAAAUUGUUUACUGCUCCGGUUGUGAAAUUCCUUGAUUAUAAUUAUGGUUGUAUCAUGCUUGGCUAUACAAGACUAGUCUAUAUUUUCGAAGAAGAUGACCAAGUGGUCCUGGAAUUCUAUAAUAAGAUAUGUGUUUACAAUUACAAGGAUGGUACUGUAAAGAUUCCUGGGAUUCAAGGCUUAUUUUCUACGAUGUUCAGCUCCAAUGUCUACAUUGAAAGUCUCGUAUCGCCUUGA